GGGCUGUGCAUAGUGCAUCAAAUGACAUGAGGGGGUGUUUGAAGGGAGGGGAAACUUUUGGUGGGAAGAGAAAAAGAGUGGGAAUGAAGUGAGCACAUCGGCUGGAGAGAUAAAAAGAAGAGGAGUUUUGAGGACAAAGUCUCUCCCUGACAGAGGAAAAAGCUGUGUUUGAGGAUACUCCAUAUUCCAGAAUCGAAGAUGCUCAUCCUGAACGCUAGUCUGCUAUUGCUGAGACUCCCAGUCAUCUUCCUCUGUCUGUCACAGACCAUCUCAGCCGGUGACGCUCCUAUACAUCUCGUCUUUGGCGAUGACGAGACCCCGGCAACGACAACAGACAGCAUUAAACCAGAGGUCACCAGAGGUGUCGUCGAGGCCCAGAUAUGCGACUACGACCUUUGCGUGGCCCAGAUGGAAACGUGUUUUGACAUCGCAACCAGGACGGGGUGCCUGUGUCCAGGGUUGACACCCGAAUUUGUGCCCCCUAAUGCCCCAGAGGUCAAAGGGGUCAAUCCAGGGGCAUCCGGUCAGGUCAUCAUCCACUGGUGCGCUCCCUUCUCCUCAGUGUCUCAGUAUAAAGUCACUGUCGAGGGCAACGAGGGAAGUCACGUUUUCAACAGCUGGUUCCGGAAUGCAAGUCUUGCGAAUGUUCGUCUGGGCCAGAGGAUCUGUGUGCAGGCCAUGAACAGUGCGGGAGCAAGCACACUCUCGGAGGAGUCCUGCUCCACAUACAGAGUGGAGAAGCAAGCCAACACGUCGCUGGUGUCGGGCGUCAUUGCCGGUGGAGUCGUAUUCAUCUUGCUCCUCUGUCUGACAGCUCUCAUUCUGUGGAGGCGAAAAGGAUUGUGCAGAGGCGGAUCAGAUGGAGGCGAGGGCCUGGGAAAUCCAUCUUUCAACGAUGGGACAAUGUAGCCGGCAUUCCUAUUUGGCUAAAACCAGAGACAUUUUAAUAGGAGAUAAACCACUAUUUUCAUGUUGAAUUCACUAGGAAGUGCCAAGAUGCAUUACUGUAUGGGUGGAUUCCAAUAUGCGGACUUCCGGCCUCCCUUGCCUGCUUGUGACAUGAUGAUGUCACUGAUGACAGAAAAUCUUGCAAAAUCACAAUUCUAAUGUCAUUUGCAAUUGGGAUGGUGAAUGAUGAUCAGUCACCCAAAAAUUGUUGUGACUAGGCUGACAGCGGGAAAACUUUUAUCGUUCUCUCCAUGGAGACGCGGCGUCAGCAAAACGCAAGGCCACAAGCACAAGUGGAGGACGCGAGUCAGCAUAUUGGAAUGCACCCUGUGUCUGAACUUAUUUCAUUGCCAAGAAAGAGCCAUAUGCUGAAACAGUAUUCCUUGUUCACCUUGCUGUGUGGUGCUGUGCUGUGUCACACACUUACUGUGUUGUGAUGCAGUGUCUGUUGAGCUCUGUUGUCAGAAACAGAUACCUGGAGGUUUCACCCAGAUGGUUGCCACGUCCAAUGAUCUGCCCAGAUCUCCAAUACAGACAUGUGAAAUGGAUUUUGUAAAUCUGUACAGCAGUGUUUAAAACCGACUAAGAAAGCUGCACAAUUUAGGUGUAGAUAUUGUUAUAUAGAGAUGUUUCACAGGGUACGAAUUCUACAUGAGGUUAAUACAUUGUGACUAAAAAGGGCCUGGAGCUCCAAUGUCCACGUUUUAUUUGUAUUUACAUUUACCGGGUGUAUUUUAAUUCAUUAAUUUACAUGUAAUGUCGUCAAAGACAACAAUGAAUUCAUCACAGUGUUACUUAGCAUGACAAUGACAAAGAAGCGAAGCCAUGUACUGUGUCAGGUGGGUCCAUAAAACACAUUUGCGAGGGACAAUAUUUUUUUUGGUGACAGUAAAUGAAUAUAAAAAUCACUAUUGUCCAACUCAGUAACAAUACGAAUGUCCAGGUCAUAAUGCCUGGCUUCAACACAGAUUUGCCUUUGCUCAGUGCAAAACCCACCUCUGAAAUGCUUCAAUGUUUCAUGUUUACGUCAUGGAUAAUACAGCUAUUUUAAAAAGCUAUUCAUUUCAAAACACCUCAUUAAAGACAACCAUUUGUGUU